AUGGGUACCGAUCCAACCGCUUCGAUCAGCCUACCAGGGUCGUCGAGUCCACAUCCGCCAGAUGCCAGCAUUCUACAGCAGCCAGUAGACCACAACAUUUUGCAGGAAGUCCAACCUACAAUAGAUUCCCUGGUCGAAGUAGCUUUGGGGCAGUCCCAAGAAGCUAUCGCAG